AUGACGUAUUUCAGUCUGGCCGCGCUCUUCAUUAUGUUCCGUGAGACCCUGGAGGCGGCCAUCAUUGUUGCCGUCCUCCUGCAGCUCAUGGAGCGGCUGAAGAUGCCGGAGUUGAAACGAUGGGUUUGGAUAGGAGCAGCAGCAGGGGUGGGCGUGGCCCUCAUCGUGGGCGUGGUCUUCAUCGUCCUGUUCUAUGUGGCAAACAACUCUAUCUUCACGGGGAACGCGGAGAACCUCUUCAAGGGUUUCAUUUUCUACAUCGCGGUCCUCCUCAUCGUGUACGUGUCCUUCCACAUGCUCAAGUUCUACAACCUGGAGAAGAAGUGGAGAUAUAAGCUGGAGCAGGCCUUCAAGGAGCGGGAGGGCAUGAAGAAGAGCUACAGGUACACCGUCGCCUUCCUCGCUUUCUCGGCUACGGUGCGUGAAGGCAUUGAGUCGGUGCUCUUCCUCACCGGCGUGUCCGGCGGGCAGGGCAUCACCUCGGUCAUCAUCCCUGGGAUCGUCGGAGCCAUCCUGGGGCUGAUCGCAGGCUGCAUCAUCUUCUACACGGGGCGGAGCAUCCGCAGCAUGAAGUGGUUCUUCAUCAUCAUGACCGUGCUCCUCCUCUUCAUCGCCGCCGGCAUGCUCAUGAACGGUACCGCCGCCUUCCAGGCCGCUGGCUGGUUCGGCGCGACCUACCCCUACGAGUGGGUCCCCUGGUCCAAUAAGAUCCUGUGGAACACCAUGGGCUGCUGCAACCCCGACACCAACGAGUUCUGGUCCCUGAUCCGCGCGUUGUUCGGCUACCAGGCCAUGCCCACCAACAUCCAGCUCCUCUAUUACUGCCUCUUCUGGUUCGUGGUCCUCUCCGCCAUGGCCUACCGCGCCUGGCUGGGCGUGCUGACCGACGAGCACCGCUUCGCGGCCGAGGACGAGGAGGGGCGCCCCGCCUCCUUCAACCCCACCUAUGACGGCGAGGGCAAGCUGGGCAAGGGCGUGGAGGGGGCCUCCGGCUCUGACAGCUCCCCGCGCCAGCACAGCAGCGAACGCGCGUCGGGGGACAAGUUCGAGGACGCGGCGGUGGCGGAGCCGUCCAGUGCCGCGGUGCCCGCCCCGCCCGUCGCGGUGAAGGCCGAGUGA